AUGGCUACCGCAGUUUCACAGUCACCCAGCGAGUCGGACGAUUCGUUAUAUCCAAUUGCGGUUCUCAUUGAUGAACUUCGCAACGAGGAUGUACAUUUAAGACUCAACAGUAUCCGUAAACUCUCUACCAUUGCACUUGCUCUUGGCGUAGAGCGCACUCGAAACGAGUUGAUCCAGUUCCUCACAGACACGAUAUACGACGAGGACGAGGUAUUACUGAUUCUUGCUGAACAACUAGGGAAUUUUACUCCUUUGGUUGGUGGCCCUGAAUAUGUCCACUGCUUGCUUCCUCCUCUUGAAAAUCUAGCUACAGUAGAAGAAACAGUUGUAAGAGACAAAGCUGUGGAAAGUUUGCGAAAGCUCGCAGAUAAACUGAGCACACCUGCAUUGGAGGAGUACUUUAUCCCUAUGCUGAAGCGUUUAGCAACAGGAGAUUGGUUCACUUCCCGUACUUCCGCUUGUGGGCUUUUUAGCGUCGCCUAUCCUCGAGUCAGCCCUGCUGUAAAAGCAGAAUUGAGAGGUCUAUUUCGACAACUGUGUCGUGACGAUACCCCGAUGGUUCGUCGCGCAGCUGCAGCAAAAUUAGGAGAUUUUGCAAAGGUUUUCGAGAGGGAUUAUUUGGUUGAAGAGCUACAUGCUAUGUUUUGUGAUUUGGCUGUGGAUGAGCAGGAUUCUGUACGUCUUUUGGCCGUGGAGGGUUGUAUUGCGAUGGCCGGCUUGCUUUCUGAAGAAAGCCGACGAGACCUUGUUCGUCCCGUUCUAAGCGGCCUCAUCGACGACAAAAGUUGGCGCGUUCGUUUCAUGGUAGCGGAAAAACUUACAGAGAUCCAAGAAGCUGUUGGUGAAGAUAUGACUAUGACUGAACUUGUGCCUGCUUUUACAAACCUUCUGAAAGAUCCAGAGGGCGAAGUUCGUGGUGCAGCUGCGCAAAAACUAAACACGUUCUGUGCAAAUUUGAAGAGAAGCGCAAGAGAGACUGCAAUUCUGAACAAUAUUCUACCUGUAGUGAAGGACUUAGUCAUCGAUCCUAAUCAGCAUGUUAAGACUGAACUUGCCGGUGUGAUCAUGGGUCUCGCACCACUCGUUGGAAAAGAGAAUACGAUAUCACAACUUCUGCCAAUUUACAUGCAGCUGUUGAAAGACAGCACUGCAGAAGUCCGCCUCAACAUUAUUAGCAGUCUUGACAAGGUGAAUGACGUGAUCGGAGCCUCGCAGCUGUCACAGUCUCUUCUUCCGGCUAUUGUUGAGCUUGCUGAAGAUGGGAAAUGGCGUGUCAGACUAGCUAUUGUUCAGUUUAUGCCUCUUCUUGCUGCACAACUGGGACAGGAAUUUUUCGACGAGAAAAUGCUUCCACUCUGUCUAAAUUGGUUGUGUGACCAUGUAUAUGCCAUUCGUGAAGCUACCACUUCGAUCCUCACUGAACUUGCAAAGAAAUUCGGCUGCGAUUGGGCUUCGAAAAACAUCAUGCCCAAGUUGCUUACGAUGUCCAAAGAUCUCAACUAUCUGCAUCGUAUGACCUGCCUUUUUUGUCUUAAUUCACUUGCGGAAGCUGUUGGACCGCAGCAAACUGCGAAGGAGAUUAUGCCAAUCAUUAAAGAGUUGAGCGAAGAUAAUGUGCCAAACGUGCGCUUUGGUGUGGCCAAGGGUCUUAUGAAAAUUGGAAAAGUGGUCGAUGCAAGCGUUUUGCAAAACGAAAUCAAGCCAAUACUGAUGAAUUUAAUGAACGAUGCCGAUUUCGAUGUACGAUACUUCGCCGAAGAAACGAAGAAUGGUACUCUUCAUCGGCAGAUCCAGUACCGGGCAAUAUUUGGGUCAUCAUUCUACUCUGGAAAAGUAAAUUGCGCAAUCGGUCUGCGCGUUCUCAUUAGUGAACUUCAUUGA